GCCAGAAAAUUGAAGACUGCUACGCUUAAUAGAAUGGGGAAAAUGUUUAAGCAACGCUCUCAAACGCCAGUCGCGGAUAAAUCAUCCAUAAAUAUCGAUACUGAUACUAACCCAACUAAAUCUGUAGAGAGCUGUAGCGAGGAAGCUUCGAAAAAGGAGAAGAGCAACUCUUUAGGCAGAAUGCUGAAGCUGGUGGAUAAAGAUGGCUCACCGAAAAAGCUGUUCCACCCCCGAGCAGGCUCUCUUAGCCGCAUUUUGCGCCGGCAUCCUAAUAAUGAGGACAACGAUGAUAAAAAGACAGUAGAAGAUACCGCGCCAGGAAUUUUCUCAAGAAUGCUGAAUCAGUUAAGAGGAAAGUAA